AGUGGAAUUUUGGCCUAGGUAACAGUGCCGAGAUGUGGUUCGAGAUUCUCCCUGGACUUGCCAUUCUGGGCGUGUGCUUGGUCAUCCCUGGAGUGGCCACUGAGUACAUCCACAAGUUCACUAAUGGCAGCAAGGGAAAAAGGGUUGCCCAUUAUUUGUAUCAUUGGAGUUUGAUGGAAAGAGAUAGGCACAUCUCUGGAGUUAAUCGUUACUAUGUGUCAAAGGGUUUGGAGAAUGUUGUAAAGCAGCACUUUCCUGAUUAAUGAAAAAAUAACUCAGUAAUGGUCAUCUACCCCUGCUAGAAGGCCAUACAGUGUAUUAUGUAGCAUGCAGUGUGUUCUAUAGAGCUUAAGAAAAAUAAAAUGAAA